GUAUGCGUGCUGCUUUCAGAGUGCUAAUAGAUUUUGAUAUAAUGGACAUAUUCUCACCUUUGUUUACGUAUGUGUGCUCACAAGAGACAGAUGAGUGUGAACUGGUGAACAUGCGUGUGUGUUUGAAUGAGAGCCAGGAAAAGGGGAAGGGCCUCAAGUGAGCAGACAAAAACAGCUGCUCUUGUUUGCUCGGGAAACCUCAUCCAGAGAGAGCGAGCGUGGAGAGACGGACCAGCAGGGUCCAGAUCUCUAUAUGGGUUGUGCCCUGAGUGUGGAUAGCUGUGGGGACGAGCCAGAUCCGGUACCCGUGAGAGGGUCUUUAAGGAAGGAAAGUGGAAAGUCCAGGGGAAACAUGAGGCUGACCAAGGUGGGGAAGGGCGAGCCCCACAUCUUUAAAGAAAAGACCUUCAAAAAGAAGCGGCAGUGUGGGGUGUGCAAGCAGAGUGUGGAGAAUCUGGGCUCUUUUUGUCGAGUCUGCAAAACAGCUACUCAUAAGAAAUGCGAAGCCAAGAUCAACACAGCCUGCAUCCCAGCACAGCCCUCCGAGGUGCGAAGGGGAACGUCCUCCUCUAGACACAUUCAGCAUCUGGGCUCAACCAAGUCUCUGACCUACAACAAACAGAGAAACACUCUCCCGAGGAGCUUCAGCGUGGAUCGGGUGAUGGACAGAGUGAUGGAGAGGCAAUAUGAUUUCGACCUCACAUACAUCACGGAGAGGAUCAUCUCUGUCUUUUUCCCUCCUCUGCUGGAAGAACAGCAGUACCGCCUCAACCUCAGGGAGGUGGCGGCCAUGCUCAAGUCCAAACACCAGGACAAGUUUCUGUUAUUCAAUCUGUCUGAGCAAAGGCAUGACAUCACCCGUUUAAACCCUAAGGUUCAUGACUUCGGCUGGCCAGAUAUGCACGCUCCGCCUCUGGAUAAGAUCUGUGCCAUGUGCAAAGCCAUGGAGAACUGGCUGAACUCCGACCCCCAGCAUGUGGUCGUUCUGCACUGUAAGGGCAACAAAGGAAAGACAGGCGUUAUCAUUGCUGCCUACAUGCAUUACAGCAAGAUAUCAGCAGGGGCAGAUCAGGCCCUCAGCACAUUGGCCAUGAGGAAGUUUUGUGAAGAUAAAGUGUCAUCCUCUCUCCAACCCUCUCAGAACAGGUAUAUCUAUUACUUUGGAGGGCUGCUCUCGGGGGCCAUCAAAAUGAACAGCAGUCCACUCUUCCUCCAUCAUGUCCUCAUUAUUACUACCAUCCUUUAUUUGAAGGAGGGGGUUGGUUUCUUCCCUUUCCUGAAGAUCUAUCAGUCCAUGCAGCUGGUCUACACAUCUGGCAUAUAUGACCUGCAGGGCUCUGGGAGCAGACGGCUGAUUGUUACUAUUGAGCCUGCACUGCUGCUGAAAGGAGACAUCAUGGUAAAAUGUUAUCACAGGCAGGUUCAGUCUGCUGAGAGGGACUCUGUGUUUCGACUGCAGUUUCAUACGUGCACCAUUCAUGGAGCUCAGCUCUGGUUCGGCAAAGGGGAACUGGAUGAAGCUUGUUCAGAUGACAGAUUUCCCUCAGAUGCCACAGUGGAGUUUGUGUUUUCAUCUGGGCCUGAGAUAAUCAAAGGGAGGGCAAGCCAGAGGAAUGAUCCAGCUGUCAGCGUGGACUAUAACACGAAUGAUCCUGUGGUGCGCUGGGAUUCUUAUGAGAACUUCAAUCAGAGACAUCAGGACAGCCUAGAGGAUAUCGCACACACACGUGGGCCUCUAGAUGGCAGCCUGUAUGCACAGGUGAAAAAGCCUCAUGUCGCAGGCUCCACCUCCCUGCCGUCCACCAAUGGGAGCCCAGCAAGGAUCUCUGAGGAGCGUCCAAGUCAGCUUCUGUCUGUUAGUACUGAUUCUGGACACUCAUCUGUGCCACCUGGCCGGCUCGAUGAACCGACUCGACAGGCCCCGCCUACUCAGCAAGAGAGGGAGGAGCUUGAGCGUAUGCUGGGUGGGAUUGAAGGGGAUGGAGGGAGGGAUCGUGACCGAGAGACAGCCAUUUUGGAUGACGGUGAUUCCUUGCCUCCUGAAAGGACUGGGUCACUGAGGUUAGGCCGUUCAUGCUCAUGUCGGGUGGGCUACCGAUCCCAGCGUUGUGCUGAGCCUGGGUGCGAUGGACUCCACCACUUACCCAAUGGGUACUGCCUUGAUCGUCCCACCACCACUAAUGGACACACAGGGGCUCCUUCUUCAGGGAUGCCAUCCGUCAUAGGGCUUUACCAACACCACAGUGCCCAUCCUCACCAAUCCCUGCCGCCACCAGAUCUGCUUUGGGACCGUCAACAAGGUUCACAGCACUAUCUUCAUCGCACUUGCACAGAGGGACCAUCACGCCACCUGUGUCCAUAUCCAUCUCAAGAGAUCAGUCCACCUCCACAUAGUCUGUCUCCCCGACUGCUCUGUAGGGCGGACGAGUACAUUCCAUACCCCCACCAUCACCACAGUCAUCCACACCACCCAAAACCCAGCGGACACUACCACGAUGUCAUGAUGAUAGAUGGCCUAGUACCACCCGGCUGCCCCUGUCGGGACUGCUGUCUACGGCGAGAAGAUUUCCACACCCUCCGUUUGGACAGAGAGGAGGGAAUACACUGGGAAAGGGAGGCAGAGCUUCACCGGGAUACUGGAUUAAGACGGGGCAGAGAGGCUGAUAUGCAAAGAGGGGCGGAGAUAUGGGACCGGGAGUCGGGGCUAAGAAGGGGCAGAGAAAUUCCUCUGCAGUGGGACAGAGACCGAGAAGUAGAACUACAGUGGGAGAGAGAACGAGAGGCAGAAUACUGGCACAGAAGGGCUACCGUAUCCCCCUACGGGCCUCACGGUCAUGAAUUACCAGCAUUUAACGUCGAUCCACUUCCUGCAGGCCAUCCUGCAUACCCCGAACCCUCCCGGUCCCACUCUCAUGCCCAUCUGGAUCUCAAGUACAGCAGCAGUUCCAGUGGAUAUCAGACACCACACCAGAUGUGCCCCUGCUCCCCCUACCAGCCUUCACCCUCAGAGAGUCGUGGCUAUGCCUCAGAUUACCAGUCUGAGUCCACGUCCCCUCUUCCACCUCCCUCCACCUCGUGCCCUGGCCCAGUGCACCAUGCCAGCGGACCUAUAGAUAACCAAACAGACUCCCACCCUCAGCAGUACACCUCUGAAACAAAUACAGACAGCAUAGGCUGGCGUAGUCACAUUACCCAUGGUUCCCUACGGCGGACACAUCAAGAUCCACAUGCCCCUUGUUCAACACCCUCUGAUAUUUCAGGACCUCCAACACCAGUCCACACAAGCAGCCCUUUGCAAUUCCAGGAGAGUCCUAGCCUGAGUGUCCGUGAGUAUGACUCAAGAGAGGUGAACAGUGAAAGCAGCUCGGCCCACUCCCACAACAGGACACAUCCACUUGCCCUACAGUCAAACAGUACCAGUCCGGGGUCUCGGCAAACUGUACUUUCUUCCAGUCAAGAGAUUCCUGAGAUAAACUCCUUUCCUGCCACACCCACCACUGCCCAACAACUCUCUGCCCUGCUUACUACACCUCCCACCCCACAAAGCUCACCAGAGCACUCCGCCCCUUUAACACCUCCAUCAGAAUCUAUCCAACCACAGACAAACAGCUCGCCUACUGCUGCUACAGUGCCACCCAGAGGGGAAAUGGUACCACAUUCAACUGUUAAACCAGCACCUUCACCAGAUCCCUCUUCUCAUAUCCUGUCCAAGUCCAUCCUAGCUCAUUCACAGAGCAACGGAGUAUCACCAUCUCCUGAACCAGACACCACUUCUGCUUCUUCAGUCCCUGCGUCCCCUCAACCACCCACUGGCGAACACGAGAGCUCAUCCUCCCCUGAACCCCCAGUCCCCGGAUUCGCCACGCUGGGCAGGAAGCUGAUGUUGGGCUCUGAAACCUCACUUCCCCCAGGACACAGUACGGACGGCAGCCCCAGCUCCACUCCCACCUUCCCUGUCUCUCCCGCCUGCUGCACCCCAUCUCCUCCACCAGGUCUCCACUUAGGGUGCCCAGCCAACUCCGUCCCACAGCCUCCCCUCCCUGAGAAACGCCGCCCAUCCGGCCUGCCAGGAUCACCCAACGGGAGGUCUGGAAUGCUGAGGGGGUCCAUGAGUCAUCAGCCCUCUGGGCAACACCAUGUUACAUUCUCACCUUCAGUAGGAGAGCUGACCAUGCCCGCUGGACAGGGAGAAGUUGGUGUAGAGGGUGAGAUGGGCAGCCGUGUCAGUGUGAAAUUUGUGCAGGACAGCUCUCGGUUUUGGUAUAAACCUGGCAUCUCUAGAGAGCAAGCUAUUGCAGCACUGAAGGAAAGAGAGCCAGGGACCUUCCUCAUCCGAGACAGUAACUCUUUCCAGGGGGCCUACGGUCUGGCCCUGAAAGUUGCCAGCCCACCCCCCAACAUCAAUAACCAUAGCAGCAAAGGAGGAGACCCUCUGGAACAGCUGGUUCGACACUUCCUGAUUGAGACAGGGCCUCGAGGAGUGAAGAUUAAGGGCUGUCAAAAUGAGCCCUACUUUGGGAGUCUUUCAGCACUGGUGUAUCAGCAUUCCAUUACACCAAUCUCUCUGCCCUGUGACCUCCGCAUCCCAGAUAAAGACCCAAUAGGUGAAUUCGUGGAGGUUCAGCCUGUGAGUAACAUGAGCACAGCUGCAGACCUUCUGAAACAGGGAGCAGCCUGCAAUGUGCUGUACCUGAACUCAGUUGAGACCGAGUCUCUCACGGGACCCCAAGCUAUCACUAAGGCCACAGUAGCCACAAUGUCACGCAGCCCUCGGCCCUCUGCGACAGUGGUUCACUUUAAGGUGUCUGCCCAGGGCAUUACACUGACAGACAGUCAGCGCAGGGUGUUUUUCAGGAGACAUUAUCCAAUCAACAGCGUGACUUUCAGCAGUGUGGACCCACAAGACAAGAGGUGGACUAACUCAGACAGCACGACCUCUAAAGUAUUUGGUUUUGUUGCCAAGAAGCACGGCAGUGUGGCGGAAAAUGUGUGCCAUCUUUUUGCAGAGCUGGAUCCCGAACAGCCCGCGACUGCCAUCGUCAACUUCAUUAACAAAGUAAUGCUGGCACCACAGAAACGCUAGAGCCUGGGGACGAGGAGGAUGCUUUAUCUUCACAUACACUGCCACACAUCACAAGACUGUAAAGUUGCACCUUCUGUCAAGUUUAAGGGUUUCAUAACAUAAGACUGUUCGGCAAAGACAACGGCUUUACUGUUGACUAACAUGAUGCCAAAACACAUUAAAACCAAAAUAUACAGAAUGUAACCAAACUAAAGCCAGCAGUCUGUUGUGUUGGUUUUGCCUUUUUAGAGCUGUUUGGUGUUCAUGGGAUUGUAAAUGACUUGUAAAUGAAGAUUGUUAAAUAUCUCUGGCAGCAGAGCAGAAGCACUGUUAUUGACCCCUGAAUAAAAUAAAUCUGUUAAAUGCACUCAAACUUACAAAUUGCACAGAGAACAGUCUCUGCAGUAUGACAAUCAUCAGUUUAUAAAUAGUGAUGUCAGUUUGGUUUUAGGGUUUUGACAUACACUAAAUUAUGGUCGAAAAUGUUUAUUUUAUUCAAAAGCCAAAUUUCAAAUUUGUAUUUUUUUUUUUUUCUUUUUUUUGGUCCUUUUAACUAGAAAGGAGGUGCCAUUGUUUCUAUUGGAACUUAUUUCAGCCACAGUAAAAAAAAAAAAAAUUAUAAAUAAAUGUUAUUGUGACUUUUUAUCUCACAAUUCUGACAUUUUUCUCACAAUUUUGAGUUCAUAUCUAGCAGCUCAGAGAAAGGAAAAAAAAAACAAUUGUGAGAUGUUAACAGAAUUCUGACUUCUCAUAAUUCUGUUUAUAUCUUGCACUUCUUCCUUUUUUUCCCCCUUGUGAUUCUGUUUUUGUCUCACAUUUCUUGCAGCUCUAACUAUUUCUCAGAACUGUGAGAAAAAGUCCAAA